AUGAUAAAUCACACUAGUCUACAUAUCAUCACACCCAGUGCAACAACACCAACAAUUUGGAAAAUGAAACAGUCACUCACACUCGUCUUCUUAGUAGCCAUUGGUUACGCCACCGCCCACACCACAUCACGUGACUAUUCGGGUGGGUACGGUGGCGGUUGCUAUGGUAGCGAUUGUGAUAGCGGUUAUGGCGAUAGUGGAUAUGGUGGAGGCUGUACUGGCAGUGAAUGUGGCGGUGGCUAUGGUGGUGGCUAUGGUGGCGGCUAUGGUGGAGGUUGCAGUGGUGGAGAUUGUGGUAAUUACGGUGGUGGCUAUGGUGGUGAUUGCAAUGGUGGAGAUUGUGGUAAUUACGGUGGUGGCUAUGGUGGUGGUUGCAGUGGUGGCAAUUGUGGAGGUGGCUACGAUGAUGCCUUCCCUGCUCCCUAUGGCGGUGAUUAUGGUAACGGUGGCAACGGCUAUGGAAAAGGUGGUAGUAAAGGCAACAAUUAUGGAAAGGUUUAUGGAGGUGGUAGCGGUAAGGGUAAGGGUGGUGGCAAAGGUGGCAAAGGCGGCAAAGGUGGCGCUUACAAACCCAACCAUUAUGGAAGCAGUUACUGAGGCACCAGUUGAGUUGUGGAUGAUUCUAAUUUGUUUGUGUCACACUCUCCACUGUCCUAUUUUUCUACACACCUCUCAAUUCAACUCACUGUAAUAUAGUCGUGUUUGAAUUCGAGAUGAAUAAAACCUAUUCAUUCUAAAUAGUGUUUUCCAUAUACGUUUUGUAUUGUGUGAUGAACGGACGUUAGUUUCUGUGAUGUUUCGAAGUAUUGAGAAGUACGUUGUGUUAGUAGACAAGUGAGUGCCAUGCCUCACUGUCGUGACCUCAUAAGUAAAGGAAAAUGUACAUAUCAAUUUACUGAAUAGUGCGAUUUGCGUUAGUUUGGAUUAUCAGGUUGUUGGUAUUUUAGGCUGUAAUUUGACCAGUCUUGGUUGACACAUAUACAUUGUGUGAGGAUUGCCUCGAUAUAGCCAUUAUGACACAAACUAAUAUAGGAUAGGUGAAAUGUGACUAGUAGUGGAAUUCAGGACACGCAUUUCGUUCAACUUAGGACUCGUCAGUUUGGUGGAGGCAAUCUACACAAGAUAACCAUAUACCGACCAAGACUGAUCAAAUUUCAACCAAAAUAUCAACAACAGGAUAAUCCGAACCAUUGUACUAUCAGUUUAUAUGUUAAGCCCAUAUACUUUAUUCUAGCUACUGGCCAAGCCAAUUCACCUAUAUAUUGUGAGUCAUAUUUCGAUCUUGUUCAUUAUUCGCUUAUUAACCUUGACUACCUUGUUAUAUGAGCGCAUGUGUAUGUACCCUUCGUAUCCUAUUCAUCAUAUGUCUGUCAUUCAUUUUUGUCUGAUUAUAAAUAUUGAGUAAUGCUAGCUCAUAGCGAGUUAGCUUCUCAGCCACUUCCAAUACGCACUAUUUUUGCUUCACUCUCAAGAUGGCUUCCCAGCCAUCUCCACUAUGCAUCAUCUUUGCUUCGCUCGCUUACAUUUGCUCAUGUGCUUACAACUUUCUGGUCUGCAUCAUUCAUCAAUAAAAAUGUAGUUGCCGCAUCCUUUUGCCUUCUGAUUUUAUACACCGUUAAGAUUGGUAUAAUAACGGUUAUCGAAGUGAACUAUUCUUGAAGCGCGGCACUACAUAAAUGGUGAGCCGUUUUUUUAUCAUGCACCUUUUAUCUACAAUAAUGGAGUUCUUCCUGAGCGAACGCAACAUAAUUGGAUGCCUCACCGAACGAACACGGACCAGAAUUGACAACCUCAACGCACGGACUCACAACAUAAUUGGUAAUCUGUACUCACGAACGCACAACACAAUUGGCGACAGCAACGAGCGAACACAAAUCAGAAAUGGAACCGCCGACAACGUAUCCCGUCAUGAUCCGAAUAAUCAUCAUAUGCUCAUCAUUACAAUAACGUCAUAUCAUCAUCUAACGUGGAAUUAUUAUUUUUGUUCGUAUUGACAUUAAACUAUGACAUUUACGCAGUCGAAUGGAACAAAUUAUAAUUAUAUGGACAUUACACGUUAUGAUAUUCUAAACUCACUGGAUUAUUUUUAUUAUCCAAUGACGUAAAAUUGUCCUGAUUUAAAUGCUCACACAUAAGAAUCGAAUCGUGAUAUAUAAGAAGUUAAAAAUAAUUCAGAACGUCGAAUUGGUCGUAACAUUGCGACGUAUGGACCCAACAUUACUUCGUGGGGGGGAAUAGUGUUGGAAUGUAUAUGAUGAAAAUUCUAGAUAUCAGUGGUUUCACUACACAACCGACAUGAUGAUUGUAUUUAACUCCAGGAAUCAGGUUAGUCAGUUCCGAUUUCGGUUGUUAACUUUAAUACUAAUGAGUGUAUUCUAGAUCGUACAGAGUCUACAUCUAUUACACAUUCGGGAAGAUACGUGGUGAACCUAAAGAGAAGAGGUACGGCUAAUCUCAGAAAUUUAGAUCCUCAUUUUAACAGUGACGGAUAUGGUGUUUGAGUGAAACAAUGAUUCCUUUGUAUUGAUGAUUGCUUGAUUUUGACUUCCAAAUACAAUAAAUUUGUUCGUGUUCA